AUGGAAAGGCUACGCACUUUAGCGCAUGAAUCUCUCCGACAGUCAACGAUCGCACCCAUCGCAGACUCUGUCCUGGACGGUUUUACCGGACCUACCGUCACUGAGUUAUGGCAAGCGAUAUCCACCAAGUUAGAUAACAACGAAGCUCUUCAAAAUCUGCUCGUUGCAGAGGCAUGCUUGAGAAAGCAGGCUUGUGUAGCGCCGUCAGAAUUGGACAAACGCGCUAUCAACAGCCUCUACAACUGGGCGAGUGAACUUGCUCUGCCGUUGCCAGUAUUCGCGGAGUCGUCAGAAGACUCGUCCUCGAAAGCGCAAGAAGACAGCCGGCAGCAGUCUACGCUUGCUGUAUCAGUAAUCUUGUCGCUCAACGCUCUGCUUCCGCUUGAGCAAUCAGAUGAUGCAUCGAAUGUCGUGAUUGCGUUAGGAAGCUUCACCUCUGAGCCAGAUGCAUGGAAUACACAUGAUGCUUUUACAGCUUCUACUGCCUUGUUGAGAGAUUUCGUUGAGAAAGCUGAGCCGUUGUCAUUCUGGAUGACAGUUGAAUCCAUCCUCAAGAACCGAGUCAGGCCUCUCUUCGCCAAAUCCAAAAACCCUGCUAUUACAGAGUCUGGUCGAAAGAAUUUCCACCCCGUGCCCUUGCCGCGAUUCGACCUGAGUAUUUUGGAUCCUGAGACGAAACCGUGGAAGAACCAUGAUGGCUACAUUACAACCGUCUUUUCCUGGAUUGUCAAGCAGUAUAAGCCCGGCGAUAGCGAGACUCUUGAAGCACACUUCCCCCUUCUAGUACCACCUAUCCUCGCACUGAUCGACGAUGACAGCAACUCUUACAAACGUCUCGGUUGCGUCCUGCUCUCCCAAUUUCUAAUCCCCAUCCGCGCAUGCAGAUCCGAUAUCCUCCGUCGAACAAACCUCUCCUCCGUCUUCGAAGACGCCGUCAGACCACUCUUCCACUCUCUCCCAACCAUCACCCAAGAAGACGAUUCCAUCCAGCUCCUCGGAGAAGCAUACCCCGCGUUCCGUUCCCUUCUGCAAAUUAGCUACAGAUUAACCCCAGCCGUCGCCAAAAGCCAGAGACAAAAUACGCCAGCCGCAUCCGCUAAGCGCCAGAAAGACGAAGAAACAUUCAUAGCAGCCAUGACCAGGACGCUACGCGACCAUCUCAUCCCAUCCUUCCACCACAUCAGCUCAACGAAUACGACGGCGCCGGGCUCUCACUUUGCGUCCUUCCCUCACUCCCGUCUCUCAACUCUCCUCCUUAAUCAGAUUGCCGUUACCUGCGCGGAGCUUAAGAUCCACACAACCAAGUAUCUCCAGGAUAUCAUCCCCCUCAUCUAUAGCACGCUAUCGAACCCCUUUGGUACCGCACACCCUCCCCUCCUUCUCUCUUCGCUUUCGGUCACGCGGGCUGUGUUGCUCAACGCGUACCCGCGGGUAUGGAGAUGGCGGGGUGAGCUCCUCGGUGCGAUAUGCUCGUGCUGGCUUCAUAUCCUUGAAGAUGAAGAGGAGUCGAAGGGCCCAUAUGAGAAGAAAGCAGCCGAUCUGGAGAAGUUGAAGAAGGAACUUCAGGGCUCGGUGUAUCUGCUGAGAUAUGUACUUGAGCACCCUCUUCUUGAUGAUAAUGAUCAAGGGCAACUGGAGGCAAAGGAAAACAUUAGCAAGGAAAUGCAGAUUUUGGUUGAUGCUGAUGAGAGCUUGAAGGCGUGCCUUUUUGCAGACGUUGACCCUGGUGACCCGAGUUAUUUUGGGUAUGAUUCAUGA